AAGUGAUAACUGUGUGCAACUCUUGCAUUUUAUAUCUGCAUUUCACAGCUCUCCGAAAGUGCUGGAGAAGGCGGGUUCCUAGAAGUGUCCCGGAAGCGGAAGUUGGGUAGCUGGGGUUGGGGGUUGAGAAUGGUAGCUCGGUAGCUUCGUGUAGUGGUGACGUGACAUUCCUUCUAGUUAUUUGGCUACUGAGGGGGGCUGGUGGGGACGGUGGUGACAGCUGGUGCCUGGCCUGCGUCAACGGUUUUGUGAAGACUGUGCCGAACUACCUGUUGCGGGCCCACACGGCGGGCCCAGGCCAGGCUGGCCCGCCGUUUCGGAUAAAAGUCUUCGGUUCUCGAUCACAUUUGAAUUGCUUUUGAAGACGCCAAAAUGGUUUUAGCAGAUCUUGGGAGGAAAAUAACCUCAGCAUUGCGCUCGCUGAGCAAUGCUACAAUUAUCAAUGAAGAGGUUUUAAAUGCUAUGUUAAAAGAAGUAUGCACGGCAUUAUUGGAAGCUGACGUCAACAUUAAGUUAGUGAAGCAACUGAGAGAAAAUGUCAAAUCUGCUAUUGAUCUUGAAGAAAUGGCUUCUGGCCUCAACAAAAGGAAAAUGAUUCAGCAUGCCGUCUUUAAAGAACUUGUUAAGCUUGUAGAUCCUGGAGUCAAAGCUUGGACACCAACAAAAGGAAAACAGAAUAUCAUCAUGUUUGUAGGACUUCAGGGAAGUGGCAAAACAACAUCAUGCUCAAAGUUGGCAUACUAUUACCAGAGGAAAGGCUGGAAGACAUGUUUGAUAUGUGCAGAUACUUACCGAGCAGGUGCUUUUGACCAGUUAAAACAGAAUGCAACAAAAGCAAGGAUUCCAUUUUAUGGGAGUUACACAGAGAUGGAUCCUGUGAUUAUUGCAUCUGAAGGUGUUGAAAAAUUUAAGAAUGAAAACUUUGAAAUAAUAAUUGUCGAUACAAGUGGUCGUCACAAGCAGGAAGACUCCUUAUUUGAAGAAAUGUUGCAAGUUGCCAAUGCCAUACAACCAGAUAAUAUUGUUUACGUGAUGGAUGCCUCUAUUGGUCAAGCCUGUGAAGCUCAAGCAAAGGCUUUCAAAGAUAAAGUUGAUGUCGCUUCUGUGAUUGUGACAAAACUUGAUGGCCAUGCGAAGGGAGGUGGGGCACUCAGUGCAGUUGCUGCUACUAAAAGUCCAAUCAUUUUUAUUGGUACUGGAGAGCACAUAGAUGACUUUGAGCCCUUUAAAACGCAGCCAUUCAUCAGCAAACUUCUGGGCAUGGGAGAUAUUGAAGGAUUGAUAGAUAAAGUAAAUGAAUUGAAAUUAGAUGACAAUGAGGCACUCAUAGAGAAACUAAAACAUGGUCAGUUUACCUUGAGAGACAUGUAUGAACAGUUCCAAAACAUCAUGAAAAUGGGACCAUUCAGUCAAAUCUUGGGUAUGAUCCCUGGUUUUGGGACAGAUUUUAUGAGUAAAGGCAAUGAACAGGAAUCGAUGGCAAGGCUAAAGAAAUUGAUGACCAUAAUGGACAGUAUGAAUGAUCAAGAACUCGAUAGUACAGAUGGGGCCAAAGUUUUCAGUAAACAGCCAGGAAGAAUCCAAAGAGUAGCAAGAGGUUCUGGUGUUUCAACUAGAGAUGUUCAAGAACUCCUGACACAGUACACAAAAUUUGCACAGAUGGUGAAAAAGAUGGGAGGUAUCAAAGGACUUUUCAAAGGAGGUGAUAUGUCAAAGAAUGUAAACCCAUCCCAGAUGGCAAAACUGAACCAACAGAUGGCAAAGAUGAUGGAUCCCAGAGUUCUUCAUCACAUGGUAUGUGACUUCCUUGGUGAAAAGAUUGCCUCUGUUUUGGGAAUCAGCACACCAAAAUACCAGUAUGCCAUAGACGAAUACUACAGGAUGAAGAAAGAGGAGGAGGAGGAGGAAGAAGAGAACAAAAUGUCAGAGGAAGCAGAAAGAAGGUUUCAAGAGCAGCAGAACCAAAGUCAAGAGGCAACUGCUGUCCAGACAAAUCAGCCAGAAGCCACAACCUGUACUACAUUUGUGAAUUUCAACUUUGAAACUGAAGGCGAUUGUCCACCCAUUGUGGAAAGUAAACAAGAUGUAACUCCAGUGUCUGCUUAGAAUGAGGAUGUUGCAUAGGAAUUCGUUCUUUAAUGUCAAGUUUGUAGGUCUUGUUAUGCAUGUUCAACAGAAUGUAAUGUAUUUAAAAAGUGUGGCCAAGACAGAGCUCUUAAUGUCCCUUCAGUUGACAUCUGUCUAAUAAAGGCUAAGACAUUUUGCUUAACCUGUCUAUUAGAUUAUGAAAUAGAAAUAACUGGGUCCUAAACUGACCACCUAUCUAUGCAGAACAAGUAAGAUGUCUUUCCUGAACAUCUGGUGCCUUGUUGACAGUUGUGGACUGAUAACUUUGUUUUGAGGUCUAUUUUGUAUUUAUAAUUUUACUUAUUUAAACCUAGCUGGAAGAUUGUUAGACUAAUUGAAACUAAUUCACAAGGCAUCUUUGUGACUUAGUUUAAUUUUAUUGGUGUGUAUGUGUCUGUGUCUGUCCAGUCAUGCAAACUUAAAAUAAGGUGGCUUUGUUUAAUGUCUGUUGAAAAGAAAGUUUUCUGAAAACUUGUUUUGCAAAAUCCUAUUACUAGAUCUCUAAAGCACAUUCUCACUCAUUGAUUGGAAGAGGUGUAAUGUAUAAAGCACCUAGACAGUGGAAUUUGUAAUCUCUGUCUUAAAUAAGUGUUCUGAAAAAGGAAACUCAGAUGAGGCUCCAGCAUUCAAAAGCCGUGACCACUAAUCUGCCUUUGUUUUGAGGGAUUCUGGAUAGAGCUUAGUAUGCUGGUAAAUGGGCUGAUGGGUCUGAAUGUUUAGUGAGAAGUUAAAUGAAUAUAUUCUUCUUUCUGUUGUACCGAGGCAUGCUUGCUACAUUUAGUUAUUCAUGUCACAUCUUUGCAGUUCUCUUUCACUUUACUGAGUUAAAGACCAGGCUUAAUUAGAGUGGUAGAAACUGAUCUUUGGGAUUUUUUUUUUAAAUUGAGAACUGCCUACUGUGAUGAUAGGAGUGGGUUUUCUAGCUCGAAAGUCUAGUCUGCCCUUGAUCAAGGACCACUAAGAAUCUUCCCUAGCUUGUAUAGAAUUCUCUUAGACAAUCCACACUCAUUCUAAUGAAACAUCUGCAGCACAGAUGUUUGUAGGUAUAGGGCAGAAUCCACAGAGUUGUGUGCACUGGUGCUUUUCUUCCUUUCUCCCACUCUAAAGGAGUGAGUGAUUGAAUGAGAAGCACUCAUUCAGGUGCUUCUGAAUGGUGGAGGAUCUGUCAGAGUUGAUACAAUGUAGUGCAAAGGAGGUAGAGCCCUUUUCAUAAAAGCCUAUAUACUUGUAUAACAUGAAGUUAGGAGGCCACUUCAGUGUCCACGGGGAGAUAAACAUGUUGCCAGCACGAGCCAGAAAAUGAGAAACCGAACAUACGCAGCUGCCUUUGUUGUCUUUGCCAGGCAGGAUGUCAGAAGGAAGGGUUAACCUGAGAAUGUUAGGAUAGCUUUAACUAAAAUAAUCAAUCUCCAUAUAUAUGUAUGUAUAUAAGUACAUUUGACUAGAGAAUCAUGCUGAUUUCCACUAAAGUGGUCUUAAACUGUACGUGAAGCCUGUAUAUCAAAUAUCUCUAUAGGUAUCAGUUUAGCCUUUUAAUUGCCUGGGUCUGUAACAUUUGCUAGCCAAAAAUGUUCUUGCUACAUUGAAUGGGGAAGGGCUCAUUAUCAUAAGUUUACUCUAGUCACUGUGCCUUACUGUUAAUAUUUCUUUCAGUAUAUGCAAAUGGUAUGAAAGUGGUUACUUUUUCUUGUAAAUACAUUAAAAAUUUAUAUUUAAUAACUUUAAA